GAGAGCCCCAUGCGGGGCUCGAUCCCAGGACUCUGGGAUCAUGACCCCAGCCGAAGGCAGAGGCUUUAACCCACUGAGCCUCCCAGGUGCUCCAACUCUCUUGUAGUUUUACAGAGCCUUCAUCCACAGUAGCUGCUAGAGUCAUCUUUCUGAACCAUCCUGACCAUGUCACUUCCCUACUUUCAACUAUUUUCAGGACUAAGUGUAAAUUACUUGGCUUAUCAUUCACCCACCCGACAAAUACUGGAGUGGGAAGGGGGACUUACCAUAUGCCUAAGCAGUUCUUACAGGUGCAAAGAGCCAUGAACCAGACAACCAAAGCCCUGCCUGGAGGCCCUUCACAGUCUGGACCCCAGCCAGAUGCCCACCUUCCCCAAAGCCCUUCCAGCCCGCCUGCCACACGCCCUGCCUGCACUCUGGGCUUUCACCUCCCAAGCCUCCCCUUGCUGGCCACCAUAGAGAGACCAGUCCUCUCCUCUGAUCCCUCCAUUCCCUAAGGCGCCCACAGGGUGGCCUAGGCUCCUCUGCUAAUUGAAGCCCCUCUUUCUGCCAACUAGAGCCCCCUGCCCCUCCCCUGCCUCUCGGGGAUUGUGAGCUAAGAGCCAGGGUAAGAGGCUUGGGACCUGUGCGGCUCCUCCAGGCCCCGGCUGGCCUGCUCCACCGCACAGGAAGCGGGUUAAGAGUGCUGCCCUCACCCCCCUCCAGGGAUGUCUGGUCCCCAGGCCUCAUGCUGGGCACAGGGGACUUCAGCCUGCGCUCCAGUUGCUUCCCCUGUAGUAGAGGAGGAAGACAGGAUAGGCUGCGCCAAUGCAGAGUGCCUGGGGUUACACGAUCCGUGCACCAGUUUCUUCCUGACCAACGACCAGAGCUGUCUCCAGAUGAAUGAAUUUUCCUGGAAGGAUGUCACCAACGCCUUGUCUCUGGCCAACCUGAUCCUGGGGCUCUUCUCCAUCUUCUGCAGCUUCUGCAAGAGAUGUCACUGUGCCUCCUGGAUGCUUCUGAUCAGCUUCCUGUUAGACAUGGCAGUCGGGGUGAUAACCAGACACCUCAGCCUCUGCUCCAAGUCAGGAGUGGAGCUGAAUGACUUGGCGGUCUACACCACCUUUGGCCUGGCCUCAGCCAUGCUCCUCGGCGUGGACGGGCCUCUCAGCGGGUUCCUGGGCAUCAUCUAUGUGUUAGCUGCUACCUUCCGCCUGUGUUUCUAUUCAACUGCAGGCGCUCAGCUCACCUACAAGGGUCUCCCCUGCCGCUAUGCUUCCUGUGUCUUGGCCUCCACCUCCCUUCUGACCAAAGGCAACACGUUCAUUCUCUCUUGCAUGGCCUCACUUAUGAUUCUGUUCAUGAUGGACCAGAGCUACUAUCCACAUGAUGAAAUCCUGGAGUCAGAGAACUGGAAAAAAAUGGUGUAUCUGGGAGGUAUCAUCAUGCUGCUUUUGUCUCCGUUCUCCCUCACUGCCUUUUACUGCCUGCUGUGGUCACUCUCCUACAUCUUCUUUCCAGAUGCUCUGUGGGGCAAAGCAGCAUGUCUCAGGCUACAGUGCCGAGAAAACUGAACAGCUUUACCCACUGCCGCUGGCCUCUGUGGUCUUCGAGCCGGCACAUCGGGCCAAGCCUUGCCGUAGCCUCACUAAACCUUUUCCUGUCUCCACGUCUCCUGUGUGCUGGAUAACAUGUGGCCUUGAACCAGGGCAACCCAACAUCGGGCCAGCGGCCUUCACUUUCUCCUCUUGCUCAGGGUUCUGAAUCCCUUGGGGAAAACAGUGGUUUAUGUCCUAAAGAAUAGGUUUUCCAAGCUGAAGUUGGGCCUGGCUGACUUCCAGCCCUGUUACCAGAUGGGGGUCCUGGUGCACGCAGGUCAGUCCCUUGGAAAGGAGGGAAAACCUUUGGUCUCCACCUUGGUCUGGUUGUUAAGGCUCCAGGGGCAGGACAGGGCUUACUAAAGUGGUUCUUAAACUUGCCGGCUCCGGCUCCGUAGAGCUCGUCACGGGACAAUGGCGUUGCCCAGUGUCAAUGUGCAUAAGCUUUUGUGACUUAAAAUUCUGUAUUUGAGCAGUCACAACUUUUGCCUUUUGCUUCAGUGAAGAGAUUAGACACCCUGGCAGCUUGAGGGCACCACCUGGCUUCCUUCCUUCUGGUUUUUUUCCUAAAUUGUAAAACAUUAAACUCCUGACGUUCAAAUGCCACUUUGUAUUCUAAAAUCCAAAUUGAAUAAAAAUAAAGAGUAUUGUAUGGAAACUUGCAGUUGCCCCUCACAGAGAAUUUAGGCUGGCUGAAGGCAGUGACACCCCACCCCAACCCAGCAUGGCCUCUGGACCUCCCACCUCCAGGCCAUGUACCCAAAGAUUGUUGGCUAGUUCAGCCCUUUCCUCAGCUCUGGAGCCGGAGCACUUUUUACCUAAGUUCUUGAAGUUUGCAUUAAAUCUAAAAUUAGAUUUUUAUAAAAAUAACAAUCCAGUGAACCAGGAGGCUAUAGCCUGGCUUUCCAGGAAUGGGUAGCGCCGUCCUGGUCCUGGUCCCCACAGCUCUCUGUCCAUGUCUCUGUUAUAUCAUUUAUGUUUGUUAGGUGUCCCAAUAAUUGGUCCGUGAUUAAAGGAGCAAGACUGAUACAAAGCAAAGGUCAAGCAAAGCUUUAUUUCGCGCCAAGCAUCAAGAAUCAAACCGAACAUUCGAGGCUGCGCCUCUUACAGAGACGGCAACCUCUCUCUGCUUCACAGACUA